CCGGUAUCGUGUAUACAGAAUUCGAAGACGCAGUUUGUAAGUUCUAUAAAAGUUUUGGGGAGAAUUGGAGAAUUUAUCCAAAGAUUUGCCAAAAUCCAGAUAUGGCAGACUGGGCCGAUCAAGUGGAUAAACAGGAGCAGACUAUUCAAAGAAACACAGAGGCCAUUGCCAAACAGGUGAAAGAUUUGCAGAUAAAGCGAGCAGAAGCAGGAGGUGCUGCUGCAACAGUGAACGGCGUUGGAGAUGUCGCUUCAACAGAUGGAAAAGCACAGGAUGGUGAAAAGGCCCCAACUGAGGAAGAAGCAUCUCUUUUGAGAAAACUGCUGCGGUCAAAACUGGUCACUAACAAAAAUGACAUAGAGGUUAUGAGAAAAGACCCCAGCUCACCGCUGUACUCUGUCAAAAGUUUUGAGGCCCUGAAUCUUAAACCUGAGUUGUUGAAGGGGGUCUAUGACAUGGGAUUUAAUGCUCCAUCCAAGAUCCAGGAAACCGCUUUACCGACACUAUUGGCAGAUCCUCCAGCUAACAUGAUUGCUCAGUCGCAGAGUGGAACUGGGAAAACAGCAGCCUUUGUUCUGACCAUGCUGAGCAGGGUGGAUGCCUCACAGAAACACCCUCAGUGUUUGUGCCUGGCCCCCACAUACGAGCUUGCCCUGCAGAUUGGUCAGGUGACAGAGCAGAUGGCAAAACACAUGACAGAUGUUAAAAUAGCUUAUGCUGUACGGGGACAGAGAGUGUCCAAAGGCCAGAGGUUAGAGGAGCAAAUCAUCAUCGGCACUCCGGGCACAGUGAUGGACUGGAGCAUCAGGUUCAAGGUCCUUGACCUGAAGAAGGUCAAUGUCUUUGUCUUGGAUGAGGCAGACGUGAUGAUUGCCACACAGGGGCAUCAGGAUCAGUCUAUCCGUAUACAGAAAAAUUUACGGAAGGACUGUCAGAUGCUUUUGUUUUCUGCCACGUAUGAUGCGGAGGUGAUGAAAUUUGCUCAGGCCGUGGUGCCAAACCCUGUCAAGAUCCGACUACGCCGAGAAGAAGAAAGUCUUGACAACAUCAAACAGUUUUACAUUGAGUGCACUAGCCCUGAGGAAAAAUUUAAAGCCCUCUCAAAUAUUUAUGGCACAAUUUCCAUUGGUCAGAGCAUGAUUUUCUGUCAUACGAGAAAAACAGCUUCAUGGUUGGCUGAACAGAUGACCAGAGAAGGCCACGCUGUUGGUUUGUUAACCGGCGAGUUGACGAUAGAGAUGAGAGCAGCCAUUAUAAAUCGCUUUAGAGAUGGCAAGGAGAAGGUUCUCAUCACAACCAACGUCUCAGCUAGAGGGAUUGAUGUGGAGCAGGUAACGGUGGUGGUGAACUUUGACCUGCCUGUGACAUAUGACCACAGACCAGAUUGUGAGACCUACCUGCAUCGUAUUGGACGAACUGGAAGGUUUGGCAAAAACGGACUUGCCAUAAACAUGGUUGAUGGACAUCGCUCCAUGCAAGUGAUGAAGGAGAUAGAAAAACAUUUUGGCAGAACAAUUGAACCGCUAAAUGCUGACGACAUGGAUGAAAUUGAAAAGCUAAGCACUUGAGAAGAUGACAGCCUCAGCAGCUUAGAGAGGAAGGGAAGAAGCUGUGAUGUGAUGUGAAAAAUCCAUUUGAGCUGUUCUAACUAAUCCACAUGGUGAUACUCUGUGGCUUGUGGUGGACAUUUGGUGCAGCAAGUCUGGAUGAAUGGCAGACCAUAGGGCACACAGAAGGCACAGUUAUCAUUCUUACCCGCGGAGAAGAGACUUUGGCGCCUGUAUAAAUUUAGCGGGUGACAAAGAUAGGAACAUUUCAGGACUUUUCUUAGGACAUUGUCAGAAUAAUUGGGGAGGACGGGCUCAACUGUUGUAUGUCCUGUGUGUAGGGCAUUGUGUUACACCAUUUUUUAAAAUGUUUAGGUCGGCUGACCUUGACAAAUUCAUGGGUUGGAUUUCAGUGUUACCUUUAUGCAUCCAAAUAGAACGAGUGGUGAAAAUGAGGGCCUGGACAUGCAGCUAUGUCCACGCAGAAACAGGAAAAUAUCAAAGGUAUUCAGAAAAACUAUCACCAGGGAUCUGCAGACACUGUGAAGAGACACAGCUGCAUUUGAUUAUAUAACCCAUGUAAUUUUUACGCAAUACUUAUUCCAGUCAUUUUAGGAUAUUUAAACAUUUGGGAAGCCUCUGCGUGGAUAGACGAUGAAGGUGUGCCUCUGUGGAUUCAUCUGGCAGGAAGAAAACAAAACUGUCAUCUAAGACAUAUGUUAACUGAAAUAUUGAGGCUAGAUGACAUUAAUACCUGAACAGUUGUGCAGAAACAUGUCACAUCUCUGCAGAACAAAGUGAUGUGAAAAUUUAAUUUUGCCAUUUUUAAAGUUGAAACUAAUUGGUGAGAAGUGUGACCUUGAAUGUAUAUGUGAGAACAUGCUAUUAUUUUAAACUAUAUUGAUUUUUGUGCAAAUGUGUCUCCGAAAUUGUUUUUUAUAUUACACAAUCAUUUGUCAGCUUGUUUUUUCAUUAUGUCAAUAAUAAUGAAACCAUGUCGCUUUAGCCUUUCAAACUUGUAAAUAUACUGUGUAUAAGCUU